AUGGGUUCUGCUGCUUCUCACCAAACCCGAGAUGUGACUUUCCACCCCGACGAUAUUGUAAUUAGCGAAGAUGUAAUAAAGCGAAUCAAAAAUGCUGCUACCACCGAGGAUAAUACGAAAGAUGACGUUCGUGCCCCAGAAUCGUUCAAACCGCAGUAUAGCCUAGGUUUAAAACAUGAACUAGAAGAGGCAGAAAGAAGAUACGAAAAGCUCCUGCAACUAUUAGAAAAACGCAAUGAACAACUGUUCAACGAGGCUGCAGAAGAAUAUACACGGACAGUUGAGCGUUUAGAAAACAAGUACAUGAGGCCUACUCCUGGGGGGUGUUGUGCUGCAGCUGAACAAAGAGUCGAAGAUUGUUAUAAACAGAAUCCUGGAAAAAUACUUUUGUGUUCCAAACUUGUUUCAGAGUAUGAUCGUUGUGUACAAAAUUUCCUUGUCACUAUGUCUAGGAAAGUGUCAAAUGCUGCCUGA